UCUGUUUGGCCUGUUAGGAUUUUUGAGAGGGAGACAUUCCUGAGUGCCAUUAGGCUGCCUCUUGUACUGGCUGGCUUUUGAUCAGUAGCCUAAACCACGCCUCACCGGACCAGUCGGUGAGCCGACUUCACUACACGAGCAGAUGCAAAUCGCUGUGUUGUAUUUACCUUGACGAGAGAUGAGGGGCGCAGCAACGCUGGUGGCUGUCCUGUUGUCUGCUACCACAUAUCAGGUUGACUCUAAGGUGCCGUAUCAGCUCACCUCAAGUAAUCAAUGUAACAAUGUGAAGGAGGAAUACCGUGCUCAAAUAUCAAUGGCUGAUUGGUGCUGCAGUCGGUGUCCCCCAGGAACCAUGCUGAAAGUGAGCUGUAAUGAAACUGCUGACAGUGUGUGUGAACCUUGUCCGAGCGGUCAGUUUAUGGAGAAAUGGAACUAUAAAUCAUCCUGCUUUUCAUGUCAUGAGUGUCGAGAAGAUGCCGGUUUGCAAUAUUUGCAAAAAUGCACUACCAGCAAGGGCUCCAAGUGCGUGUGCCAGCCUGGAUGGUACUGUGACACAGGAUUUGUAGAGACCUAUUGUGCAGGUUGUGAGAAAUACACUUUGUGCGAACUUGGUUGGGGAGUCUCUGAGCAAGGGACUGCAGAUUCAGAUGCAAAUUGCUCACCUUGUCUUGAUGGAAAAUAUUCUGACGUGGUCUCUCACACUGAAUCCUGCAAGCCUCAUACAAGGUGUCAGAAAGCUGUGGUGAAGCAGGGCACUGCUAUCUCAGACACAGAGUGUGACCCGACGACGUCCGUAUACUCCAAGACACCACAGAGCCCCUCAACAGAGAAACAGUCUAAUGUGGUGGAUACAACUGCCUCUAUUGUGGAGUAUACAACCUCCGGUCUAUUAAAGAGUUCAAUUCCAAUGAAAACCGACUCCACGUUGACUCCCAUCCAGUCGUCCCUUCCAGCAACUAAAACGCCAGCAAGCACUGGUGUAAAACUAGUUACAAUUGUCGUCCCUAGUGUCAUCAGCUGUGUUUUGCUCGUCAUCGUCCUGGUUAUCCUGGUGCUGUGGCAAUCUAAAAAAAUCAACAGGAGAGGUAAUGCUGGAUGCUGUAUGAUGUAGUCAUCCUUUAGGUUUUAACCAUAUUCAAAGUUCUAACCUGGGGCGAUUCUAGGCUCUGACUUUUGGGGGGGCUCAACCCCAGGAAGCCAAAGGGGUAUAUGAAGUAUAAAAAGUCCUGUCCAAGUUUUUUUAUUCCACAACCUAUAUUUUAUUAGUUACUAUGCUGUUGUAUGUCUAAGCCAAAAGCUGGCAGUGUCAGCUAAAUAAUGCAGUUCUGAAUCACUAAAGUGAUGAAAGGGAAAAAGACUAUUUGGAUGAAGGAAUAAUCAAUGGAUGUGAACUGUAAUAACAGAUUUGAGGUAUAUUAAAUUUCCUUUAUGUAAGUUUCACUCAAAAAUGACCAUAUUUCCCCCUUUUUUUUUAUUUACACAGUUACUGAAACACAUUGGUACAACAUGUACGAGAUUAAUAAUAUGAGAAACAUACCACUAUUUCGGGAGCAAUAAACUAUGUUGUCUCACUGUCAGGGACCCAUACAUUUUUAUAAAACUUCUGAUGCAAAAAAAAAAGGGUGCUAAUUUUCAGUUAAAAUAAAACCGCUGGCAUUAUUUUAUCAGCUGUGGGCGUUUUCAUUGCCAUAACAACGUGAGCUAAGUACAACAUGUUCUAGACUAUUGACUCUCAAUUAUUUUCUGUCAUUCCCAUAGGAGACGGAUAUUUUUUCACGCUCUCCCUGAAUUGAAAUAGCCUACUAUUGAGAACCUGCUAAUUUUUAUUUAUUUAGAUUAGAAAUUAUCUGAGAUAACAUCUGCAACAACUUAAAAUAAUUUCCAAGUUCAGUUUAUUAACUCAAUUUGUAACAUUUAAACAAGACUGCUAAGUCUGUGUGAAUCUCAAAACAGAGAAACAAGAGCAUAUGAUUCACUGGGGUUUGCAUUUAAUUACAAAUAUUUUUAAACAGUAAACAUUGGUCACAGCUUGUUCCCUUUCAAAAAAAUUAAUAUAUGUUCAUCUUUCAAGCAUGAAUAAAGACACCAAGUCCCUCUGUCAUGACUCUGUAAGAUCAAAAUUCUUGUAAAACUGCUGACCCUUGGUAUUAUGUUUAUUUAAAAUAAAAUAAGUAACUUAUUAAAAUAAAUAAAUAAGACACAUUCCCGUCUGCCGCUCGCAACAUGUUGUACUUGUUGAUUAGCUCACGUUGUUAUGGCAAUGAAUACGCCCUCAGCUGAUAAAAUAAUGCCAGCGAUUUUUUUCAACGGAAAAUUAGCACCCAUGUCAACUUUUUCUGCUCCUUGCACUUUAUCAUGCUUAUCAUGCAUUACAAGCCCCUGCCGACUAAACAUGAAGCAAUUCAAGAGGAGGCAUAGAUAGAAUCGCCUUGUGGUCAACUGUCAUUUAAUGGUCAUCUGACAGAUUAUGUCAAGGUUUUAAAAUGAUUAUUAUUAUUAUUAUUAUUAGCUGGUCAUGUUAUAACACAGCUGGAAAUCGUGGAUUUUCUGAUAAAGACUAGCAAGCCUUUUUGACAGACAAAACAGCAGAAACUAUGUUAAGUGUGCUCUUGCUGCCUUUUUGGUUUUGUCAAACAGGAGACGCCCUGCCACCAAUCAGAGGUUAGAGAUUCCUGCAGGAAGGUUGCGCUCGAAUUCACUAGCCCAUUUGUGCCUGUUCAUUACAGCAUCUAUUAUCUCAUUGCUUGUGUAAAAAAAAAGGUAGAAUAUUAGAUUUGAGGACGAAAUGAUAGGGCGGGCUAAGGCAAGUUUUGGGUGGGAUUGAGCCCACACAAAAAAGGUCUAGCUUCGCCACUGGUUCUAACUCAAUGAAAUUCUGUUUUUUUGUUCUUGAGUCGAUAAGACAUUCAAUUAUUUGUACAUAAAAUCAGAUUGAAAUUUUGUUUAAAAAUACAAAUAGAUAGUUAUAUAUAGGUUGAAAGAUUUUAUGAAAUGUGUUGCCAUUCCAUGAAUACCAACUGAGAUUGUGCUGUAUACACUAUAUUUCAACAUCAACUAGCUGUCUCUAUCUGUCAAGUACCAACUCAUUGUUCCUUCCUCAGGAAGUCAAAAACACAGUAUGUUGACAGAUACAAAUGGAAAUUCCGAGAUGGUUGAAAGCGUAAGUAUCCUGAUUUCACCACUACUUCAAUGCACACAUGAUUAUUUUGUAUUAUGGAGACUGUGACAUUCCCUCCUCUUCUGCCGGCAGAUGCAUCGCAAAAAUGCUUUGGGUGCUCAGAUCACAUCAAUGGCUGCUGAAUCCCAUGAACUGCAGGCUUUGAUGGAUACUCAGGAACCCUGCACUGUCCACAGUAAUGCUCCCGAUAAACCUUUUGCAGGAAGGAAAGACCCCCAUGUCAUCAAAUGUGAUUCUUUAGUGUAACAAUAGUACUGAAUGACGUUUUUGAGUGUGACACACACAAGCAGAGGGUGCCUUUAGGCCCGGGUCAAAGUUUCUGGUUGCUCCUGGGGCACUAGUUAAUACACGUAAAAAAGAAGAGGUAAAGAAACUGAUGCACAAUUAUUCCUGCACUAUAUUGCAUAUUUAUGCAACCAAUACAUAUCACGCGCCGUUGCAUUAGUGUCUGAAUUCCCUCGAUGGUUAUUCUCUUUAUAGCGUCCUGUAUACUGCACUCUGUAGGGAAUGAGGGCACAAGAGCAACAAUUCAACUGACUCCUGGGCCCGGGGGCCUCUGACUUCGCCCUGCUCCCAAUGUCAACGUUGGUAUCACUUUGCACGCAGCAAAGGGCUUCUGCUGCUGCCUUCCCCCGUCCCUCUUGUGCGUCAAACGCUGAGUCAGUCCAGGAAGAUGCUGACCUCCCCAUGGGGCCAGAAGUGGAGGGCUCAGGCACCAGGCAGUCUGGCUGUUGGAGAACAGUGGUGUUGGUUUUAACCAAAUAAGGGGAAGUGCUUGUAUUUUCUUUUUUUACUUAUUUAUUUUUUUACUGUGCAAUAAGUUCUGUUGUUUUCGGAUGAGAGGAGCAAACGUUUUAGCCAUGUAUUGAAGGACUCAUCAAAAGUUAGGCAUUUCUUAGUUUUGUGGCUGAAAUAAGUAACCCAUGCCUUUCAUUCCCGGCAAGGUCGCUACUUUUUGUACCCAUGUUAGAUGAUGGUGACUUUAUGUGUAUGUUGAUAUCCAAUACCUCUGUAGGUGCCAGAUGAGGUUUGCAACCAAUGCCAAAGACAUCAUUCACCAUUGUAUUGUACCAGUGUUGUAUGGAGAUGGUUGGUUUUCCUCAGGGCUUAAGAGGCUGACCCCUUUUUAUUUAUACUAAAUCAAGGCAAUUAAUUGUUGUUGUUGCUUAGCCUCACCAGUAAAAUGACAUCCUUGACUGUGUCAUUCUAGACGUUCAUGUAUUUCCUUGUAUUGUGUCUUGGAGUAUUUACGUUAUGUAUUUUGUGUGUGUUUAGGUUUGUGCUUCCAUCAGGGGUCUCAUUGUACAACCGCUGAUUGUAGUAGUAGAUUUUUAUUUAACAUGGAUAUGACAAUAUCAUUGGACGAAACCAGAUGCAUUGUUUUCAGUGUAUUAGCAUAAAUUCUAGUUUUCAACACCUGUCAACAGGAGGCUAAUAUAUAUUUGUACAGUAAAUAAAGGACCAAAGACGCAGAUAAGGUGCACGUGUAUAUGGACCAUAUACUAACCUAUCUAUAGUUCAUAUUCAUGAAAUGUAUUGGCAGGUUCUCUCUUUGGACAAUCGCGCCCCCUUCUGGUUCAUAAACCACUGUGAAUUUGAUAUUAGCAUUGUUUAGCUAAUCUAUAUGAGAAAGGUUUGAAUGAAAACUGAUCAUGUUAUCGGCCUAUACAUUAAUAUAAUACACUUAAUAUGUUUUUGUAUAAACGGUUGCAGCGCAUAUCAGAUGCCGUACUGUGUUUUCAUUUCAUUUAAAGAGCUCAAGACCAGAGGUAGUCAGCUGAGCUCAAGAGCGAGCGAUGGGGUUGAGUCUGCGCCGUACCAUUAUCGGGUGAAGAGAGGAUCCACAUUUCCAUGAUUUUCAACUAUUGAAUCCACACUUUAUUUUACAGAAGGAAGAAUAUUAAUUAUUUAUGUUCUUUAAUAUAUUUUUAACAUAUACAUUUUGAUAAGGUACUCGUAGUUACCAGUAUUUCUAAACAUUAUUUAUGGAAACACCCAUUGCUCGGACAGUUGGUUUGUUCUGUUGCCGCUGUUUGUUGUUCCUCUUCCUGAAGGAAAAAUCAUGCGCUGGGACUGCCCGUGUCGGCAUCUGUGAGCUGCAGAGCUAUUAAAAAGGAGAAACCCCCUGAUUCUCCAGAAGUCCAGCAGUCUACCAAGACCAAACUUAAAGAGCUGCAUAAGAAGCCAAGGCUAUUCUGCAUCCGGUAGAGCUGUCUGUUUUAGAUGCGACUCGCUCUCUGCGUUUGCUAAUGGCUUGCUGUCUGAAGGACGAGCUGGUCUGUUCCAUCUGCCUGAGCAUUUACCAGGACCCGGUCAGCUUCGGCUGUGAGCACUACUUCUGUCGGAAGUGCAUCACGGAGCACUGGAUCAGACAGGAGCCCCACGGAGCGCGGGACUGUCCGGAGUGCCGGCGCUCCUUCCCUGACCCGCUGCUGUCGCCCAGCCUCAAGCUGUCCAACAUCGUGGAGCGCUACUCGGCCUUCCCGCUGGACGCCAUCCUCAACGCCCAGAGGAACUCGUACCCCUGCAAGGACCACGAGAAGGUCAAGCUCUUCUGCCUCAGCGACAAGAGCCUGGUGUGCUUCUUCUGCGACGAGCCGGCGCUGCACGAGCAGCACCAGGUGACCACCAUCGACGAGGCCUUUGAGGAGAUACAGAGGGAGAUGAAGGAGCAGCUGGCCACCCUCCAGGACAGCGAGCGAGGACACACCGAGGCCCUGCAGCUGCUCCAGAGACAACUCACCGAGACCAAGUCCUCGGCCAAGAGCCUGCGUGCCACCAUCGGCGAGGCCUUCGAGCGCCUCCACCGCUUCCUGCGCGAGCGGCAGAAGAGCAUGCUGGAGGAGCUGGAGACGGACACGGCGCGCAAGCUGGCCGACAUCGAGCACAAGAUCCAGCGCUACAGCCAGCAGCUGCGUGACGUCAAGGAGGGCGUCCAGAUCCUGCAGGAGCGCCUCCACGAGAGCGGGCGCCACGACUUCCUGGAAGGCGUGGCCACCACGUCUGAGAGGAUCAAGGGGAAGAUCCACGAGACCAACCUGACGUACGAAGACUUCCCCACGUCCAAGUACAUGGGGCCCUUGCAGUACACGAUAUGGAAGUCCUUGUUCCAGGACAUCUCCCCAGUGCCGGCGGCGUUGACCCUGGACCCCAUCACGGCCCACCAGCGGCUCAUCCUGUCGGACGACUGCACCAUCGUGGCCUACGGCAACCUCCACCCGCAGCCACUGCAGGACUCGCCGCGGCGCUUCGACGUGGAGGUGUCGGUGCUGGGCGCCGAGGGCUUCGCCGGCGGCGUGCACUACUGGGAGGUGAUGGUGUCGGAGAAGACCCAGUGGAUGAUGGGCGUGUGCGGAGAGACGGUCAGCCGCAAGGGCAGCAUCCAGAUCCAGCCCAGCCGCGGCUUCUACUGCAUCGUCAUGCACGACGGCAACCAGUACAGCGCCUGCACAGAGCCCUGGACGCGGCUCAACGUCAAGGCCAAGCUGGAGAAGGUGGGCGUGUACCUGGACUGCGGCAAGGGCCUGCUGGUGUUCUACAACGCCGACGACAUGUCGUGGCUGUACACGUACCGGGAGAAGUUCCCCGCCAAGGUGUUCCCCUACUUCAGCCCGGGCCAGAGCCACGCCAACGGCAAGAACGUGCAGCCGCUGCGCAUCAACACUGUGCGCCUUUAAGAGCCACGCACGCACGCACGCACGC